UUUCGAAAGACCAGCUACAACUAUAAAAACUCCUACAGUUCUUAGUGAAGAUCAUACUUUAGUAAGAUCCUUACUACAGCAAACAAUACAAUGGCAUUCAAGGCUGUCGUUCUGUGCGCCGCUCUUCUUCUGGUCCAGACCAUCGCUGGCCAGAAAUGUGGCUGCUCCUGUCGCAGCAACAGGGGCUACAGCAGCUCCCUCAGCUCGAACUCCAUUUCCAUUGCCACCAGCGGCGGCGACCUCCUCGUCACCAGCGUCGGCCCCAUCUCCCCCUCCGGCAUCUCCGUCUCCUCCGACCUCAGCCUGGACGGAAACUUGGACGUCUACGGAGAACUGCCGUACCUGAGCGCCGUACAGUUCUCUGGCGAAUACGACACCAGCGGCUCCACGUGCGUGGACUACAGCUGCGGCACCUGCGGGAACGUGGCCAUCACCAGCGUGCAGGGCGGUUCCGGCUGCGGCUGCGGCUGCCGCUAAGGACCAAGAACAAGAAGGAAACAAUUGAACUUCUAGAACAUUUAACUUCAAGCUGUAAAUCUGAUUAAAUAAACGAAAAUUUCCAAAACAUA